AACUGUGGCAACUCAAUCGAGGAUGCCAUCGCGAAAGGUUGCAGCUACGACCCACUGACGCUGACAUGGCUUCCCAAGCCAUGCUCGCGCGAGGGUGCUGCUGAUUUUGCAACUGCAAACAAUGGAAAUUCCUUCUAUUAUUAUACCGACAGGCACAAGACGUCCAAGAUCCUCGAUUUGGGAAGCCGACUAGGUACGAAUAUUUACUGGUCUACAGCAGGCGAACACCUUGCACACUGCGCAUUCAUCAUCAUACGAAAGGCUGCAGCAGAGGAAAACAAUGAGCCCCUCGACCAUCUAAGCAGUUCGUUUCACCACACUCGUCAUUGCGCAUUAAUGUUA